AAGCAGAAAUGAAAUACGAGAGAGCUAAACACAAACUAGAGACCAAAAUCAAUGAUAUCAAGUACGAGCUAUUGAGUGAGGUCCAACAGAACACACAGAAACUUGAUGAACUCAACGAGUUCUCAAAUCAGAGCAGGCACCUAGAAGAGAGUCUCAACCAAACACAAAAGAACUGGGGUGAUGAUAUCUCUGGAGGGAGUCUGUUUGAGCCAGAAGAGAAAGCAAAGCUUGUCGAUAUUGUUAGCAUUCAGAGUCGUGAGAUUGAGGCACUGAGAGAAGAAAUAAGAGUAUUAUCACUUAAAGGAGGUCACAUCCUACCACCAGCUCAACCACCAAACAUGCUAGCUGGAUCAUUAUAAACUUACGAACUACUACAUGUAUAUCCAUGUACAUGGUUAUACAUGCAUUAUUAUAAUACACACAGAGAGGCAUUACAUGUACUGUAAAAUUGUCCUUUAUUUUGAACUUAUUUUAAAUGCAAGGCAUCCUCUUAA